AUGGAGCCGAAGGAAUAGAAUAGCGAGAACUCGUGGUCGGUGAGAGAUGUUCUACAGACGAAAGGGAAGAAUUGGAGAGAACAGAGAGCCUGGGAUGCGGCUGAGAGUAUGCCAUGGUGGCCGUCAGGGUGAAAGGGUAUAUUGGCUCCGGCCAAAUAAGGCAUGCGGCAUGCUUCGAUGUCAGCAUCAGCAGCAAGCGUCACCAAUGAAUCGCUGGGCCUAUCCGCUAAUGUCGUUCUUGGCGCACUUCCCUUUCCUUCCCAGGUUUCCAGGCGCCAUCGUCGCAUGAAUUAUCCUCUGCCGUCGCCUCAGGACCUCCAAUCUCAUCUCUAUCACGCCUUUCUUGACGGCAAGACUGCAGAUGUUGCCCUGCGUAUCUCGGGCUCUUGGCGUGCUGUCUAUCAUCUUCACAGAGUCAUUUUGAUCCAGUCGGGCUUUUUUCGCUCGCUCUUCACUGCAGGCUUUGUGGAAGCAUCACCCAGUCAAUUUUCAGUCCCGGACGAAAUUGACGUUGUAUUUGAUGACCACAAUAUUACUCGUGCCGCAUUCGAAAUCUGUAUUUCCCGCCUAUAUGGAGGUGGCCCGCCGCUGCAUGUUUGUCCUUUGCUGCGGCCAACUCUUUCCCACCCAUUGACCCCGGGUUUCCCGUAUCAGCCCAAGUACGAAACACCUUCUGGUCACCAGGCCGCCACACCCCAGUUCCUGCUGUCACUUCUUGCUACAUCCAUCUACCUAUCGAUCCCUUCACUGGCUUCCCAGGCACUUUCAUCUAUCUGCGGCACUCUCGGUCCUUACACCGUCAUCUCAUAUCUCAACUUCUCCCUUGGAAACUGCACCAGCUCGGAGGAUGCAGCUCAGGGCGCAGUAGGGCUGGAGAGCGUGGCAGAACUCCUUGAAGACCAUGAUUCUGAUAACGACGAAUCUAUUCCUCCGUCACUCUCGAGAAAUGACCGUCCAAAUUCGGUUCGUACUUCUUUCGAACCUGUUCAUGAUGGCAUGUCCUUCAAGUCCCAUCAAACCUCUAUCAAGUCUCGUAGUCAGGCUGCGCCAGAGCCUGUGACAUUCCAUUAUGGUGCAGUCUCGGACAAGAUUGGUGAGGCUGCUGCAGCCUGGCUAGCUCGUUGGGGUCCAGAUAUUCUCGAAUAUGAAGAGAAAGUCGUCGAGGGUGUACUGGACAAGGACAUUCCCCCGCUGCCUUCUCACCCAAAGACAAUUCGUCGCAGAGCCAAGACGUUGGACUCAGCGGUUCGUACGGAAGUUGUCGAUGCGGCCAGCACGUCCGUUACGAAACCAAGUAUACCAGUGAUAUGGAGGCGCGGUGGUCUAAGCCCUCAUUGGGUCAAGGCUCUUAUCUCGUCGGAUUCCUUUUUUACCAAAGAUGAGAUGGGACGAUAUGACUUCGCUAAGCGAGCCGUUCAAUUACGGAGGAAGCAAGGGGGGAUAGAUCCGGACGAGGAGAUAGUUUGGAAAGAGAUGUUUGAGACUGGAAUAUAUUAUGCUAACAUGGUGCCCGAAGAUAUCAUUAAGAUAUCUUCCGAUAUAUGUCCAACAACAGAACAACCCUACGUAGCCCUGUCCGUACUCCAGGCGGCCAAUUGGUCUCAGACUCUUCUUCGACACGACCUCACAUUCCGUCCUGCUUCACCUCCUACACCAACAUUUUCUUCUGUCAAAGGCAAAGAAAAGGACCUUGGCGUAACAUUUACCAGAGAGUCUUUCCUUAAUGGAGGUACCAAGCAUAAGGACGGCCCAUUCUAUCUUGUUCCCGUCGACCAGACUUUGCGAAUUGGCGAAAAUGGCGGGCCGUCUUCUGAAGGCAAGGGGAUCUCAAUGGAGCAGUUGUUCGCACACUCUCACUCCCCUUAUUCGCUCUCCUCUGAAGAAAAUUUGAAAGCCAAGUUCAAGUCCGACGAGGCCUCAAACUAUCCCAUCACGUUUGACGAGUCUAGUUUCUUUGGUCUUCUACCAAAUUUCUAUACCCCCUCUUCGACACGAGACGCCUCCACCGAUCCGAAAGCCGUCUACUCACCUUAUCCUCCGUUCAGAUUUUCAGUCGAAUUCUGGGACUCCGAUCAUUUGAAGGAGAAGCAGCGAUUACACUCCCAAACUAUCUGGUAUGCUGGUAGUUUGUUCAACGUCUACAUCCAAGUCGUAAAGAAGAAGGGCUCUACGGUUUCGGGCAAGGACCAAACGAGCCAGUUAGGCAUAUAUUUGUGCCGACAGAGCACUGUGGAAGCAAUUCCCGCACGAAGCGCACCAAAUCCGCUGGUGGUACGACAGAGCAACGACGAAGACACUGCGUCUAGUCCGUCUGACCACAGUCACAGCGCAAUAGUGAGUGGCGGACGCAGUCGAGUAGUAUCCUCAUCUAGCGCUACAUCGCAACCUGCAUCACCUAUGUCCCCUGGCCCUGUGACUCCAACGCGUAGCACAACGCCGUUGUCGAGUCCUGCUACGUCGACAUCCUUACCAUCAUACCACACCUUUCCAGAUCGUCCUGGUACUAGCGGAACUGCAUCUAGUUUCCGAGAUGCGUAUGGCUAUCCGUACAGUCUUCCAUAUACCCUUCCGGGUACCGCGCCUUCUCAGCCAUACCGGGAUCCUCGACCCAGUGUUUCCGCCUAUUUCAUGAUUUACUGCGCGAAUCCGACGGGGAGUUCACAGACAAGGUUUAAGAGCACACCAGACGUGUUCAAGGUUAGCCAGAGUUGGGGAUGGAAGAGCAGUUCGUUGAAGGGGGAGGAUAUACCAGCAGGAGACGAUGAUCCCGAUGAUGAAGGCAAUAUUAUGAACCAUCAGGGAUCUAAGGUUAGUUUGAGGGCGACUGUUGUUCUUGGUGUCGUGUAGUCUAUGAAUCGUUUUGUAUUGCAGUACCUUUCAUCGCGUAAUAU